CUGUUUUGAAUUAGGUAGAAUUAUCUCGCUACAAGGAUGUUAUAUAUUUCAGAUUAAAUAAUGGAAGGCUCAACUUGCACUUCAGACAGUGAUGUUGCAAACACUUCACGCGAAUCACAAAUCAUGAUCGAAAUGCGUAAUGUAACAACACUAGCUUCGGGUAGCAACAUUUCGUCAUUUGCAAAUGAAGCUCCAAGUCCUUUGGGACAUCUGGAUCCGCACAGAUUGAGGGACAUGGUAGUCGAUAAGCAAACGGCAUGCCAGACACAGGUCGAAUCUCCCUAUAAGCAAUCUUACUGGACGCCCUCGCCUGCUGACCCUUCUCAGUCGCCGUCGUCAAAUAUUCGUGCAACACCGGCUAAUUCAAAUUCUCCAGUAACAACAAUUAUGCAACCACCCAGAUUACCGGGUACGAUGCGAGAUUCAGCUUUGUUAUCUCCGAGUGCUACACGCACUUCUGUACAACAGCAGUCGAUGGGAAUGUGUUUACCGGUGCGUAGCCCAAUGGGAAGUCCAAGCGGUUUGCAUCCACCGCCCUCGCCGUUCAUAAGUCGUCCUUCCUCAAAUGCUUCUCCUUCUCCCUAUAUGCAACCACCACAAACCCCCAUUCAUUAUCAAGCAAAUUUGCAAAGUCCAGCAGGUAUGGUACCAUCAAGUCAUGUACCUCCUUCGCCUCCAUGUGUUUCAUAUCUUUCACGAAUCCCAGUAGUGGGUCCACCACAACAACAGUAUUCAUGCCAUGCACAAAUGCAACAGCCUCAGUGGACAAAUCAACAAACUCAGCAGCAUUUUGGUUCUGGACCAGUGCACCGCAUCAUGGUACAACGAGUCCCUUACUCGGGAUAUCCAUCGGGUAUGUCGCAGCUGCAAUCACAAAACAGUCAGCUUCUUUCAUCGUCCAAUGUUUUUCCAGCUGGUGCUUCGGGAGCAUCAGUUACACCAGCAUCGCGAGGAACCAUGUAUCCGCCGUCAUCCGUUGUCGCUUCUCAGCAGUCUUCUGGACCACAGUCUACUCAGUAUCUGACACAAUCUUCCUAUCAGUCUAAAGGACUGCAGCAGCCAAAAUAUCCUGUUCAGUCUUCAAUUUACCGUCAGCAGGAUUUUUGGGACAGUAGAAAAGAUAGGUCUUCAUACGAAAGAUUGGUCGAUAAGUUAAUUGCAAACGAGGAAAAAGUGCGAGAUAGGGGAAGAGAAGACAAGAUAAUAUGA